UUGUUUAACAAUUGUUUCAGAAGCUCUGUUUAUAGUUUUGCUUUUAAUGAAACAAGUUGGGAUGUUAGAUGCUUAAUUAAGUGCUUUAAGGUGCCGUUGUUAAAUCUCUUGCUUAUAUGUCUCUCGUUUUUUGCUGCAUUGGUGCUUUUUCAAUGUGGAUUUUUACUAAAACGUCAUGAGAUCUCGUCACGUAGUAAUUGCUCAGAUGUAAGUUAUACUCGAGGUGCUUGCUGGCUUCCAGCCCAGUACAAGCGAGCUAUUUUGAUUGUGAUUGAUGCCCUCAGAUACGACUUUGCUGCUCCACCUCACUAUUCGCAAUAUUCCGGCCACUUGCCAAUAAUCACUGAGUUGCUUUCAUCAGACAGUGGUACUGCCGCGUUGACACGUUUUAUAGCCGAUCCACCAACAACAACUCUGCAGAGGUUGAAAGGUUUAACAACGGGAUCUUUGCCAACUUUUAUUGAUGUGGCUUCAAAUUUUGCAAGCAGUGAGAUUCAAGAGGAUAAUUGGGUGGAUCAAGUCUACAACAGUGGCCGUAACAUAACUUUUCUUGGUGAUGAUACUUGGAUGUCGUUGUUUCCUUCACGAUUUCAUCGAAGUUUCCAUCUUCCUUCGUUUGACAUAAAUGACUUGAAUGGAGUGGAUAAUUUGAUAAUUGAACAUGUUUAUGAUGAGUUGAGUCGUUCUGAUUGGGACGUGCUUAUUGCCCACUUCUUGGGUGUUGAUCACUGUGGUCAUAAAUACGGACCGAAUCAUCCAGAAAUGAUUGUUAAGUUGUCACAAAUGAACGACGUAAUUCGAAAAGUUGUGGAAAUUAUGGAUAGAGAAACUUUACUUUUGGUUCUUGGAGACCAUGGGAUGACUGAAACAGGUGACCACGGUGGGGAUGCACAACUUGAACUCGAUGCUGCUUUAUUUAUUUAUUCAAAAAAGAGACUUUUAUAUUCAUCAGUUCCUGAAGCUGUUUCACAGGUGGAUUUAGUGCCAACGCUCAGUCUACUUCUGGACUCGCCUAUCCCGUUUUCGAAUAUUGGGAUAGUUAUAGAUUCUUUAAUUCCAAAUGAAUUACGUUCUCUUGCCUUAAGCAGCAAUGUUUGGCAAAUGGACAGAUAUGCACAUAUUAUGGCUGAUGAGAUACCUGAUCUUUAUGGUGCUUUGCGAGAAUUUGAAGCGAAAGAAGAAAGCGAUUCUCGAAAUUUACAACUCAUGCGGAAACUUCAACAGUUGUUUCGUUUUUCUUGGACACGUUUCAGCCAUCCUUUUAUGCGUGUUGGUCUAGAGUCUAUGAUUGAAGCUAUUUUCGGAACUUUUGAUGCAUACUUUCAAAUCAGCAGAGUUCCUCCUGGUUGGGUUAUUUUCCGUUCUGCACUGUUCUUUAUACAAAUGUCUGCAUAUUUGAGUGGUGGCCAAGCAAGUACUUCACUUGCAAUACUAGAAAUUAUUCUGGUUUCUUCACUGUUGUUUCACUUUAUCAGUUUGUUCAACAAGCUUUUAUCACUUUCAUUCUCAAUUCGGCAUACGUUUGCUGUAAGCCUAAUUGUCAUCCAUGGUCUUUCAUUCCUCUCAAACAGUUUUAUCGUAUUCGAAUCUUCUUCAGUCCGGUUUCUUACUCAGACUGCUUUGAUUUCUACAUUCGUUUCUGGAAUGCAGAGAGAACCUGUAAGAAAAUGGAAACGGUCUUUGGGUUUCCGCAGCUUUUUUGGGAAAUAUCUUUCGGGCGGUGAUGUUGGCAAAAUGUUUGCUGCUUUGAUUUCGCUUCGUCUUGGCAGAUUUUUUGAAAGAUGUCGGGAAGAACAGCAGUCCUCGUGCUCUGCUACGUUCUUAGCACAGUCGUCUGGAAAACUUCAAGGAGAUUAUGAAAAGCUACUUCGUUUUGUGAUUGGGGCUGGUUUUUUGAUUGGACAGUCGAUUUUUUUCAAACGAACUUUAUUCAACUUUUCUCCAUUUCUUUCUUCACUCGUUUUGCCUACAGCAGUUUCAACUAUUGCUUUCUGGCUGACUCAGCUUUUGCCUGAAAAGGCAGCGGAGAAUUUUACAAGUUUUUCGCUUUUUGCUUCUCGGGCCGUCCCAGCCAUGCUCAUCAUCUGUCACCUGUUUUCAUCUCAUAUCAUAAUAAUUGCUGCCUUACCAUAUAGCAUAGCGAAACACGUUGAAUCAGAUCCUUUCUUCUCGCCAUAUGGGCUUAUUCGGCGGUCGUCAUUGUUUCUUCUCCUCUAUGGAUUUCAGGUGCUUUGUAUCUGUGUAGCUGCCUUUGUUCACAGACGCCAUUUAAUGGUAUGGAAAAUCUUUGCUCCGAAAUUCGUUUUCGAAUCUGUCUCACUUCUAGUGGUGUGUAUAACACUUGUUUUGGUUAAUUUAAUUUUUAGAAAUAUGAAUCAGUUACGGUUUAUUAGAAGAGGCGAGUACAAAAAAUCUAGUAAGCUGAAGUAG